GCCUAGUUCCAAGUGUUCCUUGUUCUUCUCUUCGUCUCGCUCAAUCCAUGAAUGCAGAGAACAGAAGAACCCUCAAUCCCUGAAUGCUUCCUGCUCCAAUGUUCUAUCAACAGCAAGCUUCUUUCGCGUAUUAUUCUCAAUUCGCAUACUCUAACCAUAAUCCCAACCCUCUAUUCUCUUUUCCCCUUCCAAUUCCCCCCGCCGAGCCACCUCUGCACCCUCCCGGAACCGAUCCCUCCACUAAUUUGAAUCAAUACUCGGUAACCUACGUAUAUGAGGCUCAGAAACAGGUUUUUGAGGACCCUAAUGCCGGUUCUCAGAGUUGGGUCACCAAGCAAGCUGAUCCUAUUAGAUAUGAUGCUGGUUGGCUAGGGUCGGUGGUACCCACAACUUCAAAUUCCUUUGCUAGUAGCAAUUGGAACUGUCAACCAUCGGUUAAUGAUGACACAGGAAGCAUGUUGAAGCAAAAGCAGCAUGUCCAAACUAUGCAGUGUGAGGUUUGCAACAUUAACUGUGAUACCAAAGAUGUUUAUGACAAUCACAUUAUGGGAAAGAAGCAUCAGAAGAACCUACGGAAGCAGAACAAUCCCAGAAGGACAAUAUUACACAAAACUUCUAAAGCAAUCAACAAGGCAAGCUUGUCUGGUCCUGUGGGCUACAUUGGUAAACAAAUGUUAUUUGGAGUUUCUGCUAGGACAGCCAGUCUAGAAUUGGAGAUUAGAAGGCAGAAGCUGUUGAAUAGCGGAGCUGCAGUUGAUUCUGUGAGGAUAUGCACAAUAUGCAAUGUUGCUUGCAAUAGUGAGGAAGUUUUGGACGCACAUCUUGCAGGGAAAGGACAUGCUGCUCAGGCUGGCUUGAUAGCCCUCAAUGGUGUUGGUCCUCAUCUUGGUGCAAUUAGACCUAAGGGUCGCAUUCUUCAUAAAAAGAAAAGGGAAAUUAAGGUUGUUCAAUCUGUAUGGUGUGAUGUCUGUAAGAUUGACUGCAACACCAAUGAUGUCUAUUCCAAACACUUAUUAGGGAAGAAGCACCAGAAGAACCUGGAGAAGCUUGACAAAUCUAAGAGUGUUGUUGAUAAGCCUGCCUCAAAUGCUGCCCCACAUCCUAUAAUUGGACCAGUGGAGAACCCAGAGGCAAACGAGGGAAAUGUUAUUGUCCCACGAAAGUCACAAAAGAGGGCUGCGCAGUCUGAGGAUUUGGAGACCAAGAAACGGAGGGUUCUGGAAGGUGGAGCAGCAGCAGCUGAAGUAAGAGUCUGCACUGUAUGCAACGUGGUAUGCAAUAGCCAGCAGGUCUUCAAUUUUCAUCUUGCUGGCCAGAAGCAUGCAGCCAAGGUGAAUAAGGCGGCAGCUACCAUGGUGCCAACCAUCACAACAUAGAUGAUUACUGCUGCAUAAAGACAUGUAGAUGGAGAAAUUUAAGAAAUUUAUCUUUUUUGUCAUUCUCACCAUAUUCAGUAAGUACUUUGGAAUAUUGUAAUUACCCCGCUCACUCUUGCUUUGUUCCCUCUGUAAAUCCCCUUGUAUUAACUUCCUAUUGAGCUACUAGGAAAUUGUGGUUGGACAUGGAUGCAUUUAAUUUAUUAAAUAUCUAGAUAUCAA